AGAUGACGGAUACAGUUGUCGCGGAAGGACAAGUCAAGUUUAGAGAUGGAAAAAAGUGGAAAACACGUUGGGUUGUGCUCCGAAAGCCCUCUCCAGUCGCAGAUUGUCUGUUUCUGUUGGCAUACAAAAAGGAGAAGAAGAAAGGCAAGAAGGGGAUUGGUCAGAAGGAGAGUUUAACACUAGAGGGCAUCUGUGGGGUGGAGCCGGGCCCUGGGUUUGAUGGCGUGUCCUACAGUCUGUCCGUCCUGUGCCUGUCUCACACACUUGUCCUGGGCUUUAGCAACAGAGAGGCGCUGCUGGCCUGGGACGCUCGCAUACGCUUCCAUCUCGGAGAAGUCCACAGGUUUAGUGUGACUGUGGAGCCUGGGUCUAAACUGGAGAGUGGGCCUGCCUCUCUUCACCUGUGCAACAGUCUACUGGUCCUCACCUCAGGUCUGCCCCCCAUGGUCACUGGACACUGGAAACUCUCCGCCCUCAGACGAUACGGAGCCGUACCUAAUGGAUUUGUGUUUGAGGGGGGGACUCGCUGCGGAUACUGGGCUGGAGUGUUUUACCUUUCGAGCUCAGAGGGGGAGCAGAUCAGUUUCCUGGUCGACUGUAUCGUGAGAGGCAUUGGCCUGAAUCGGACCCCGCAAGGUUUACGUCCUGGCAAUCCAGCCGAUGCCAAUCCAGUCUCAGCAGAAGAACGGAUCCUCCAGGAAACAUCAGAUCUGGAGAAGAGACUGAGCAGGUUGUCCAACUGCAGCCUGGCCAGCAGCACAGCCUCCACUUUUAGCUGUAGCACGUCUGUUGCUGGAGAUGACCACAACAGUAUCUCCAGCUCCUCCUCCAGCCAAUCAGAAGCCAGCUACGGACCCAGACUUCCCUUUUGGCCCGAGUCCCUAUCUAGGCUUCACUCUUCCAUUGAUACAGCGUCUAGUAGUUCUACAUUGAAGGCGCUGACUGCAUCAGAUGACCGCUUGUACGCCGCAGCAACAGGAAACGCAGGGACACGCCCAUCUUCAGCUCAGCUCCACUCUCGCGGUCUCCAUGACAGCGGGCGGCAGAGCUCAUUGGACAGUGGCAUUGGCAUCGCAGCGAGCAGCCAAUCAUCAGGCAGCUUCUCGUCGUAUACAGGAAGUCUGGACGCUGCUGUUGCCCAGGGAGGAGAGGAGUUCGGAUCUGCACCCAGUUUAGCUUUGCCUCAAGCUUUAGCUGCCGCACCCCUCACACCUCCCCCUCCUCCCCCCACAGAGGCCCCAGUUACACCCGUCACACCUGUCCCAGACUCCGCCCCCUCCACCUGCCCUUCCUCCAGGUGUAGCACUCGUAUAUCACAGACACACAGUGAUGAAUACCAUAUACCUAGCAUGCUUAAACUACGCUAUGACACCCCGAGAAGCCUGCUAUCGCUUCGGGACACCAUCCCUAACCCCUCUUCUGAACCAGGCCAAAACACUUCAAAUACUGAGGAUUUUUGGUGGCACGGUGGCCCACCAAAAGUUAAAGAUCAGUGCACCAAAUCAUGGGGCAGUGAGCGACAAUCUACAAAUAGACCACAGUCAGUCCCGGCUUGCACACUCAGUGGAAAAACACAGUGUGGUCACGCUUCAGACAACUACAUCACCUCUGAGCAGUGGCGCGCGGUCGGAAACACAUCUUCUAAAAAGGUUGAGAAGUCAGCAUCAGCGCGAACCACACACAUAUGUAAACCAGAUGAACAGAACUAUGGGGCUCUAGGCAAUAUGUUGGCACGACUCAAACUUUCUAUGCCCUCUUCUCCACCACCUGCUCCUCUCGCUGUGCCCACCCGGCCCGCGACAGCCUGUGGUAUGUUGCGACAAGACAGUAAAGCUGCUCCCUCCACCUUCCUGGACCCCAGCCUGUAUCUCCAUAACACAGUUCAUUAUGUAAACCUCCCCUUCAGCGCUAUGUUAGCCAACAGAGACCUCCUGUGCUCCAGUCCUGCUGCUGUCUCCAGUCUGCAAGUUGUUCACAGAGUUCUCCGACCAGAAGAAGGCUCCACCAGUGCUAUUGCCCACCUUAACCCUGGCGCCAUGGAGACAGCUCAGAGAGGGGCGGAGUCUGUUCAGGGCAGAGGGGCUAGACCGUGGGACAGACUGAUUCAGAGCAGAAGACCUGGGACCCCACAGUGAUCCUCCUGCCUCAUGUCCACUUCUCUGAUAUGGUUCAGAGACUUCCAUGACUCAUUCAUUCCUAUUUAUACUAUCCUCAGUCUGCAGCUUAAACUUCAGUGUGUCUUCAGAACAGAAACACUCACAAUUCUUAUCAGUUUGUUCAGCAUAGAAAACUAGUGUUUGCUUAUUGGUUAUGAUGUUUUUUCAGUCUUUUAUAUUCUCUCAGGAUAAGCUUGUCUAAAAUGUUUGCUGCUGAUAGUUUACCAAACAGCUCUCAGGUCAAACAUUAUGACCAUGACUAUGUGUAUGUUUGUCAGCCCAAAUGAAAGAAGUUGUCUCGUAUUAAUAAGUGAACUGUGCUUGGACUCACAAAGUGCAGCCUCCACAUCCUACUUGAUCAGUGACUUUCAAUGAAUUUUUAAAAUUGCUUUUUUGAAACCAAGAAUUUUUGUAGAGCUUCAGAAUCCAUAUUGAAAGGGAGCUGGCCAUGGUAACUCCCCACAGUCACAGUUAUUUAAUUAAGAUAAUCAAUCAGAAAUUUAAUAUUCCAACUCAUUUGAGUUACGAUGGCUUUAGUCGAACUUAAUAAACUGCAUCUACUUUUGUACUGCUUCUAAAACAUAAAAUAUUACUCCCAAGUUUAAGUGCAAGGAUGGAAAGAUAUAUUCAGUUCACUUCUUCUAGAAGCUGCCGUGGAUGCCACCAUCGUCAUUUGGGAUGUAUUAUUUCACAUGGGGUUGUCAAUCUUGACAACAAAAGAGUUCUAUUAGGACUCCACAGCCGUUUUAAAGCCUCCCAGAGAAUUGUGCAUUGUUGACUUGGUGCACAUAAACUCUGAACACUUUACUCAAAUCGACCUACUUAAUAUGAUAUUUAAGUGGCAGAACUUUUUCAAAUUCUCAAUUGAAAUGAAUGGGAUUAGUAGUUUAGUAGCAAAAGUGGGCAGGGCGGAAUAAAGUCAGUAGUUUUUCCUUUUCACCUGUCAGUGGUCAUAAUGUUGUCCUGAUCAGUGCAAACUUUAUCUACCUUUUUAUACUGUAUAAAGUUUUGUGUUUGGACUGUAUUACUUUUACAUUGCUGUGUAUUUGAAAUUUCACCUAGUAUAACCAUCUUCAGUUGAUAUACCCUAAAUAUGUUUAUUUAUCUCAAAUGUUGGCACAAAUCUGACCCUUUGGCAUCCUCUGUAACAUCACAACUGACGUUAAGAUCCCCAGCUUGCUUGGCCAUCACUCCACAUCAAAACAUUCGAUUGAAAUAAGAAACACUGAGUUAUACCUUGGUGCAAAUGACAUUUAUCAAAGCCUGUGCGGCCAGAGUAGGAAAUGAGUGAGUAGUUUCCAACAUAGUAGCAUUCGUCAUGACUAUAAUCGAUGUCUGCGGCUGGUCUAGUGGGGGCAGGAAGUGAAAAAUAAAACUCUAAGGACUAAUUUUUCACACCAUUUCGAAAUCAACCAGACAAAUAGCCCAAUAAAUAUCUGACGCUAAUUUAUUUUUAUGGAGGUGGUUCACAGUGGAGUGUGUCGGAAGUUUAAAUUAAUAUAAGAACUGUAAUAUCCCAAUGUGUACAUAC